AUGCGCUUCUCCUCCGUAUCCUGCCCGGCCUACCCGGUGCUGCUGUCCUUCCUCUGCCUCGCCUCGACCACCCUCGCUUCCGACUCAGACAAGACGACAUCGACGGCACCUUGCACCGCCUCCUCCACCUCGGGCGCAUUCUUCGAUCUGAGACCCGAUGUAGCUGUAAAGCCCAAGGCCGACGGGUCCAAGUCGAAUACCAACGGUGCGCCCCUGGAGGACUACAAGGCAAGGGGCUACGACUACGGCUCGAACUUCACUCUGAACAUAUGCGGCCCAGUCGCCGAACACAUUGAGGACGUCAAGGGCAUCGAGGAGAGCAAGUGGCAGAACAUCAGCGCCUACUACAAAUCCCAGGGGGACUACUACAGCUUGGGUUUUCAGUCGGGCGAGCUGAUAACCCGAGGCAAGGAGCUGGUUCUGCAAUACUCCGGAGGCUCUCCUUGUGGGAAGAAGAAGUCAAGCAGCGCGAGCCUGGCCGGGAGAAGCGCCGUGCACAAAGGUGCUGCCUACAGAGACUACGACACCGAUGACGAGGCGCCAUCAGCAACGAACACGACCGGCAUCGAUACGGCUAGAGACUCGGAUGAGCCGGUGCGGAGGAAGUCGACGACAAUAUUCUUCAGCUGCGACCGGGAUCCCGCGGCUUCGUCGGCUCAGGUCGCCUUUAUUGCUACCGAUCCAGAAGAAUGCUCCUAUAUUUUCAAGGUCAAGUCGCGACAUGCUUGCGCCGGAGCCGAACCGCACAAGCCGGGAAGCGUAGGCCCUGGAUCCGUCUUUCUGAUCAUCCUCGCCAUCGCCAUCCUUGUCUACUUGCUCGGUGGAAUCUUCUACCAACGGGCCGUGGCAAAUGCCAGAGGCUGGAAACAGCUGCCCAACUACUCACUCUGGGCGAGCGUGUGGAGCUUCAUAUGCUCGUUCACUCUGCUCGGACUUGCUCGCGCUGCCGUGGCUAAGGUCCAGUUUCUGGGAGUCGCUAUAGCAGGAGGCGAUUUUGGUUGCCAAACAGAUGGUUCUUGUCCCACGAGCUCGGUUCAGCUUGCGCUGGGUAAGGGUCCAGGUCAGAUGCAACACUUUGUGGAGGAUGAUGGGAUGAAUAUACUGCGGCUCCCAACGUCAUGGCAGUUCCUUGUCAACAACCAGCUUGCCGGCGACCUCAACGACUCGAACCUAGCACAGUACGACCAGCUGAUGCAAGCCUGUCUGGACACAGGGGCCUACUGCAUGAUAGAUAUACACAACUUCGCACGCUGGGACAGGAGCAUCAUCGGGCAGGGUGGCCCAACCGACGACCAAUUCGCCAGCUUAUGGAGCCAGCUCGCAACCAAGUACGCCAGUAACGACAAGGUCGUCUUCGAGCUGAUGAACGAGCCACACGCUCUCGACGUCGGAAUCUGGGCGCAGACCUGCCAGGCGGCUGUGACGGCUAUCCGGAAGGCGGGCGCCGCGUCUCACAUGAUCCUGCUAUCCGGCAAUAACUUCGACAGCGCGGCCACGCUGGUCACGGACGGGAGCGCCGACGCCCUCAUGGCGAUCACGAAUCCGGAUGGGAAGACGGAUGGUCUAUUACUGGAUAUCCAUAAGUACCUCGACGAGGAUAACUCCGGCACUCAUGCGAAGUGCACAACGGACAAUGUUGACGCUUUCACGGCCGUGGCCGAGUAUCUAAGGAAAAGGGGGCGGCAGGGGUUUGUGAGCGAGACGGGGUCUUCGAGCGAUGCUUCUUGUUUCACGUCCUUCUGCGCCCAAAACACCUUCAUCAAUGCCAACUCCGACGUCUUCGUGGGUCUGAUCGGUUGGGGCGCCGGCAGCUUCGACACCUCUUACGUGCUAUCACUCACGCCCUCCGAGCAGAACGGCGCCCUCGUCGACACCAAGCUGAUGUCCCAGUGCCUCAUUGCGCCGUGGGCAAACUCGAGCGAGACUAUCACAACGCCCACGUCCGCAGCUUCUUCGUCAGCAGCAGUCAGCAACACCAUCAAGUUAUCCACGGUCGAAACAUCGAGCCUGCUGCUCACGGUCACCCAGUCUGGCAGCACGUUGACUGCGCUCGCGACGGCGAGCGGGACGCCGGCCGCUCAUUCGGGGCUUGCUGCUGCGAGCGAUGAUGGCUCAAGGGUCGCGCCCAGUACAAGUACCAGCUCCAGCUCGAGCGCGGCGGAGACCUCGGCUCCAGCGACGGGGGCUGCUAGUUCGAUGGUCAGUGGAGGAUUCCUGCUGUGGUGUGGUGUUCUGCUUGCGGCUUCGUGCUUUUGA